AGUGCUGCCGCAGCCCGGGACCCGCUUACUCUCCCUGCGUAGCGCUGUGCUGGUAAUCUUGUGUUUUGGCUCGCUAUGGCCCGUACAAAGCAGACCGCCCGCAAGUCGACCGGUGGCAAGGCCCCGCGGAAGCAGCUGGCCACUAAGGCGGCCCGCAAGAGCGCGCCGGCCACGGGCGGCGUGAAGAAGCCGCACCGCUACCGACCGGGCACCGUGGCCCUGCGGGAGAUCCGGCGCUACCAGAAGUCGACCGAGCUGCUGAUCCGCAAGCUGCCGUUCCAGCGGCUGGUGCGCGAGAUCGCGCAGGACUUCAAGACGGACCUGCGCUUCCAGAGCUCGGCGGUGAUGGCGCUGCAGGAGGCGAGCGAGGCCUACCUGGUGGGGCUGUUUGAAGACACGAACCUGUGCGCCAUCCACGCCAAGCGCGUGACCAUCAUGCCCAAAGACAUCCAGCUGGCCCGCCGCAUCCGCGGGGAGCGGGCCUAAGAAGCGCGCGCUCGGCUCAAGGUUCCAUCACAUCCAAAGGCUCUUUUCAGAGCCACUCACAACUGCACUUGGAAGAAGCUGUGCCACU